AUGCAGCUUCGACAAGCGACGUUUGUUCUACCAAAGACUGGUCAACGCUUGAGAGGUCUUGUCAAUUUACGGGGCUCACAUAACGUAACCAGCAAUGAUGAUGAGGAGCGACGAGGGCUUCUUUCCGGGGAAGUCUCCACGAACGGUCAAGACGUUCCAUGGCGGAUUUGGAGACGAGUUUCAGACGCAUGGCGCUGGACGCGUGGUUUUGUCACCUCCGAGCCCGGAAUAGGGGUUUUAAAAUGCAGUCUGGCCUAUCUACUUGGGUCCCUUGCUACUUUCAUUCCCGCGGUUGCGGCAUUUCUGGGUCAUCAAGAUGGCAAGCAUGUGGUGGCUACUGUCACAGUAUAUUUCCAUCCAGCGCGGUCACAAGGCAGCAUGUACAAGGCGCUGAUUUGCGCUCUCUUGGCCUUCCUAUAUGCAGCCUUCAUCUCCCUCACGAGCAUGUGUGUUAGCAUGUUCUUCCAGGAUACGCUCGACAUGCGUGCAGUCGGCCAUGCCGUUGUUCUUAUAGUGUUCUGCGGAGGUGGCUUGGGUUUCAUAGGAUGGACGAAGCAGAGAUUCAGCGAUCCGCUUGUGAACGUCGCUUGUUCCCUUGCUUCGCUUGCGUCGAUCACCGUAUUGACGAAAGAAGGUGCGGUGCAAAGCGGAGAUUUGUCCUUCACCAAGGUCGUCCAGGUCUUGAAGAUGGUCAUCAUGGGCGUCACCGCUGCCAUGGCCGUGUCAUUCUUGAUAUUUCCCAUCUCUGCGCGGAAAAAACUACGCUCGAACCUCGCUACUGUGACUGAAACUCUGGCAAUCAUGCUGGCCCUCAUUACGGACAGUUUUCUGAGUGGCUCUGAGGAGGAGCUUCAGACGGCCGAGUUCCUCGACGCAGCUGAGCGGCAUAAGAAGGCAUAUGCCCAACUCGAUAAGCUUGUCCGAGAGGCAAAGCUUGAGCACUUCGUCGCGGGGACAGAGAAGGAAUACAGGCUAGAAAAGAACUUAGUACGAUGGGUUCAAGAUAUCACACACAAUAUGGGAGGUCUACGCAGUGCUGCUUCGCUGCAAUUUCAACUUUUGAAGCAAUCGACGCUAGCUGAUCCAGUACCUGGGCGCGGUCAAGAAAAUACUCCCAAUGGUAACAACCAUGUGCCAUCGUCAAGCCCGUACUCCUCGCACGGGCAAAGUACACCCCUCGAGUCGAUUGAGGAGAGGCCGGAACAAGAACUUGGAGAAGGAGAAGCAGCCGCAGAAGACGAUCUCCGACCCAAUGAAGACCAGUUUGACCCAAACCUGACUCGAGACGACGAAUCUUCUGUCGAGCAUACCCUUCGUCCCGAAGACUUGUUUGCGCUGUUCAUCAGCCACCUAGGUCCUUCCAUGCGAUCCCUUGCCUUCACCUUAAAAGAGAUUUUCAAAGAGAUCCCUUUUACGCCUCCGCCUGACUAUAAAGUCUCUGUCAACAGUAGGUUCCAUGUUAGUCUUGAUCGCGCUCUAGAACUUUAUCAACAAUCGCGAGAGGAGGCUUUGAAGGUUAUCUAUCGCCAGAAGGAACUUUUAAAGAUACAAACCCUGGAGGUAGAAGCGGAUCUCGAGGAAGUUUCUGCCAGCUGCGGACAUUUCAGUUUCUCACUGCUGGAAUUUGGCGAACAGCUGAAAGACCUGCUGGCUAUCUUAGACGAACUACAACUCGAAGCCGAGGAGAGACCGAAUGGGAGAUCAUGGAAUUGGUUGAAAGUAUGGCGCUGGAGAACAGCCAAAACCCAGAACACGGAGCUUCUGGAUUCUGAACAACCGUUCAUUGGGUCAACGGUAAGAGAAGGAGUGACUACUGUGGCUUCUAACAGUCCUUUUGUUCUGGAAGUUAGGCCGCCCUCUUCAACAAGAAGCCCGAAGAAUCUGCCUGCGAAGGAGCGCCUCAGCUAUCGAAUCUGGAAAUCGCUUGGAGUUUUCCGACGUGAAGACACGAAGUUCGCGAUCAAGGUCGGCACAGGAGCGGCUCUGUACGCCUUGCCGUCCUUUCUCGAAUCCACACGGCCUCUCUAUUCUCAUUGGAGAGGUGAAUGGGGCUUGUUAUCUUAUAUGUUGGUAUGUUCUAUGACCAUUGGAGCAUCCAAUACCACUGGCUAUUCUCGAUUCCUGGGUACAUGCCUAGGAGCGGUCUGUGCCAUUACGGCAUGGUAUGUGACUGAUGGGAACGUGUUUGGACUGGCCAUUCUCGGUCUGAUCAUGGCAAUGUGGACAUCUUAUAUAAUCGUUGUCAUGGGGAAAGGGCCGAUGGGUCGAUUCAUUAUGCUCACCUACAAUCUUUCUGUGCUGUACGCGUACUCUUUGACGCAAAAAGAGGGCAGGGACGAUCAGGAUGAGGGUGGCGACUCUCCCAUCAUCACCGAGAUAACGCUCCAUCGAGUUGCGGCCGUUUUGUCUGGCUGCAUCUGGGGUAUCGUCAUUACGCGGGUCAUUUGGCCUAUUAGCGCGCGCAAGGAGCUCAAGGAUGGCCUGAGUCUGUUAUGGCUUCGUAUGAGUCUGAUCUGGAAGCGCUACCCGUUGUCCCUGCUGGCGAAAGGGGAAAAUUCCAUGGGCUUCAUGAUCCCAAGAGAGAAGCUGGAGAUUGAGCGGUCCCUGUCUCGUCUGGAAGCUCUUCAAGCUGCAGCUCGUGCAGAAUUUGAGCUGAAGAGUGCAUUUCCCGAUGCUGCAUACAGCAAUAUACUCCGUCGCACAAGGAGCAUGGUGGACGCAUUCCACGCCAUGAAUCUAGAGAUGAUCAAAAAUGUGACUGCUUCGGAAGGUGAACUGGCUCUGCUCAACUAUACAGCUCAGGAAAGAGAGCAUCUGUCUGCUCGCAUUAGCCACCUAUUAUCAGUCAUGGCGUCUUCUAUGAAAUUAGAAUAUCCGCUGAUCGACGUACUUCCGAGCAUCGAGCAUGCAAGAGAUCGACUUCUUGCUCGUAUAUUCCGCUAUCGCAAGGAUCCUGAGGCUUCUCGGUUGACAACAGACGAAGACUAUGCCUUGCUCUAUGCCUACAUCCUGGUGACGGGUCUAUUAUCGACUGAGAUUGUGGAAAUUAUGGAAGAGAUUGGUAGACUAUUUGGUGUGCUCAACGAGGAUGUAGUCAAGUUAUUUUACUAG